UCUCACACACACACACACACACACACACAUACACACACCUCAGAGAGAGUCACUCUUGCCAUCGGUGUCUGCCUCUGACUCUGACCCUGUCUCUGUCUCUUUCCCUCCUUUUCCCCCCACUUCACUGAACUUCACUCAUCUCUCCUUUGCAAGGUAACAAAUUAUGAGACUUUCCCUGCUGCCGCAGCAGGUCUCUUUCCCUUCAUUCCCUUAAACUCCCAAUACUCGCUGCCAGGACCCCAGCUCUCAGUGAGGAUCUGGCCACCAUGGGCCAGGACCCUAGGAGGAGCUGUCUGGAGACAGGAGUGAUGAGGACCUGGAUUGAACCAGUGGUGGCCUCAGCCCAGGUAGCUGCCUCCUUCUAUGAUGCGGGGCUGCUGCUGGUGGUCAAGAAUUACUACAACCUUUCAAGUUUCUCUAACCACAACAAUUCCUCCAGCCCCAGGGGGGCCAGUGAGGAUGCUCAGCAGAAAGCCAUCUCCAACUUCUACAUCAUCUACAACCUUGUGGUGGGCCUCACCCCACUGCUCUCAGCCUACGGGCUGGGGUGGCUCAGCGACCGCUACAACCGGAAAAUUUCCAUCUGCAUACCCCUCUUAGGUUACCUCCUCUCCCGCCUCUUCCUCUUGCUGAAGAUCCUUUUGGACUGGCCAGUAGAAGUGAUGUAUGGGGCUGCAGCGCUGGCAGGACUCUCAGGGGGCUUCACAGCUUUCUGGUCUGGUGUCAUGGCCCUGGGCUCACUGAGCUCCUCUAAGGGCCGUCGCUCUGUGAGACUCAUCAUCAUUGACUUGAUAUUGGGUUUGGCAGGCUUCUGUGGGAGCAUUGCUUCCGGUCACCUCUUCAACUUGCUUCGAGUGGCCAACCGGCAAGGCGUCGUCCUUGCUGUCUCUAGUGUAGGCUGUGCCACAUUUGCUUUCCUCUAUAGUCUCUUUGUCCUCAAGGUCCCAGAGCCUGAGGUCAAACCCAGUAAAACCUUUGGUGUAGUGGACACUGUGUCUGGGACCAUGGGCACUUACCGCACUCUGGACCCUGACCAUCCAGAGAAGAAGGGAGGGGUGGUGGAGCUUCCUUCCCUGGGGAAGGCAGAGCCUCGCAAAGCUAUCAUUGCUCUGCUCUUUGCAGGGGCCAUCAUUUACGAUUUGGCAGUGGUGGGUACAGUUGAUGUGAUGCCCCUUUUUGUGUUAAGGGAGCCACUGAGCUGGAACCACGUGCAGGUAGGCUAUGGGAUGGCAGCUGGUUAUACCAUCUUCAUCACCAGCUUCCUGGGAGUCCUGGUCUUUUCUAGGUGCUGUCGGGAUACCACCAUGAUCAUGAUAGGGAUGGUCUCCUUUGGAGCCGGCUCACUGCUUCUGACCUUUGUGAAGGAAACCUACAUGUUCUAUAUUGCCCGGGCUGUCAUGCUGUUUGCUCUCAUCCCAAUAACAACCAUCCGAUCAGCACUGUCCAAGCUCAUAAAGGGAUCUUCCUAUGGAAAGGUGUUCGUGAUACUGCAGCUGGCACUGGCCCUCACUGGGGUGGUAACAUCCACAACAUUCAAUGAGAUCUAUCAGCUCACCAUGGAUAAGUUCGCUGGCUUUUGCUUUGCCCUAUCAUCCUUCCUUGGCUUCUUGAGCAUCAUCCCCAUUGGGGUUGUGGCCUGCAAGCAAGGAGAGAUCACUGAGAAAUGACUGAGUUGAUGUCCCUAAAACCCAUAAACAGAAUCACCUGUGGUGUGGAUCCUGCAUGAAAAGAAGCAGCUGGAUCAGGGAAAUUGACAAUAAAAACUAGAGUUCCAUCUGGGUUCACCCUCAUGAACCAGCUACUUCAAAGGGUUCCAUAUUGGGUGGGGAGAAACCCUAUACUGGUGGAGGAAACUUCUAUUCUGAAAAUUAAUUUCACAAGAAAGUUGCCAGAUAUUGUUGGUAACACAGAGAACUUCCCCAAGAAAGGCAUUUGAAAUAUCAAAACGUUCGGGUAUUUCUAAAUUCUCCUAUGAGGACUUAGGUCAUAGAUUGGUGCUCAGAUCCCUCCACCAUGCUGUAGAUGGUUAUUCAGAAAUAGCCUUCUUGGCUAUCCCUGCUUCAGGCCCAUAUGCUAGAAAUAAACCAAAGAUAUAGUUUCCCAGUCCUUUUAGAUCCAGGAUUGGUUGCCAUGGAAAUUUUCUUUUUUUUUUUCUUUUCCAAAGUUGUUGUCAUAGACAGAAGCAACAUUUGAGGAAAAAAAAAAAGGUAGACAAAACCUUAGGAACAAGCUAGUUGUCAUCUUCCCAAUGGUCGCAUCAGCUACAACACUUCAGGUAGCUAUUGCUUAGCCUUUGGGGGUGUUAAUUUCUUUGUAAAAAACCAAAUUUCCAUGAAAGGCUCUUUGGGUCACCUUUUCUAAUUCAUGAUUGCAUCAUAAAGGGCCUUUUUAAAUUAAAUGAACAAAAUAAAAUGGGGAUUGCAGUCUGCCAAUCAUGCCAAUAGGUCCCAAGAGACAUUUUAGACUGUCAAAAAUAGUUUCUAGAAGGAGGGGCAUAAGGGAGAGUGUCAGAGACAUAAAAAUGUCCUGUAUUUUGAGGCAUUUGCUUAAAUAGCUUGUUUGUUUGUUUAAUCUGCUGAGACUAUUUUUCCUAAAUGGUAAUUUGCCUAAAGAGCCGUGUUUGAGCAUAUAAAUAAAUGUGAAUGAAUUCCAUUUGAUUCAACAAAUGACUUUCAAAUGUCUAUGCUAUGUGCAAGGUUGGUGCUAAGAAACAGUCUCUAUGCUCAAGGAACUUACAUGGUGGUAUAGGGAGCAGGGGAGUGUAGAGUAAGUAUUACUCUAGGUAGAAAAUAAUG